GCAAAUGAAACUAUAGAGCGAGAUCCCCAACAUAGUGUUUUUCCAGGUUUAAAUUUCGGAAAUAGCAAACAAUAUACAAUUUUUAAUGUAUAAGUUACAUGUUACUACAUAAAUAAUCUUCUAAAUUUUGUAACUUUUGAUCUGGAACCUUUUAUUCACCCAAAAAGUCCCGAAUCUCUUUAUCAUUUAACCCAACUUUCAACGAGAAUUUCCAGAUUCAGACGCAGUUUCAAGCAUGCAACCGCUAAAGAACAUAUUUUGAAGAUUCCAUCGAGGGUUGGAAGGUUGACCUGAAGUUGAAGGGCCUUGUUAAAAGAUCAUCAGUGUUCAGAGUGGAGUUCCUGGCUAUCUGAUAUUUUCUCAUAAAGAUGGAGCAAAAUUCCCAUAUGGGUACCUAUAAUUUGCUGGAAUCUAAGCAAGAAGAUGACACCUACACCGAAGAUGGGACUGUAGAUUACCUUAAAAAUCCAGCUAAUAAGAAAAAAACCGGAACUUGGAAGGCAUGUGGCUUCAUCUUAGGCAAUGAAUGUUGUGAAAGAUUGGCAUAUUAUGGAAUGAGCUCUAAUUUGGUCCGAUAUUUUAAGUAUCAUUUGAAUGAGCAUAGCGCAACCGCUUCAAGAAAUCUUUCAACUUGGACCGGAACUUGCUAUCUCACCCCAUUAAUCGGAGCCUUCGUGGCCGAUACUUAUAUCGGACGAUAUUGGACCAUCGCCACCUUCUCCAUCAUUUAUGCAAUCGGAAUGGGAAUGUUAACACUAUCGGCAUCCGUCCCGGGGCUAAAACCAACAUGUUACGAAAAAGAUGUUUGCACCGCAACAAAAGCUCAAAUCGCAUUAUGUUUCACGUCUCUUUACCUCGUGGCUCUAGGAACCGGGGGAAUUAAACCCUGUGUCUCGUCUUACGGUGCGGAUCAGUUCGAUGAUCAUGAUGAGGUCGAGGAAAAACAAAAGAGUUCUUUUUUUAAUUGGUUUUAUUUUGUCAUAAACAUCGGUGCACUCGUGGCUCAUUCAGUUCUCGUUUGGAUUCAAGAUAAUUUACCAGGUGGUAGCCCGCUCACUCGGUUGUGCCAGGUGGCAGUUGCUUCUCUUAGAAAGAGAAAGAUCGAAGUGCCAUUAGAUAGUUCACUUUUAUACGAGUCUUCAGAAGAAGCCGGUUUUUCUAAUUCAGGAAGCCGAAAGAUUGAUCAUACGUUUGAUUUGGUUUUUUUCGAUAAGGCAGCUGUGGUUACACCAAACGGGUCGAUAAACCCAUGGAACCUUUGCUCUGUGACCCAAGUUGAGGAACUAAAAGCCGUGAUACGUUUACUUCCAAUAUGGGCCACUGGUAUCAUUUUCUCCACAGUUUACGCCCAAAUGAGUAACCUAUUUGUGUUACAGGGCUCCACUCUCGACCCACGGGUCGGAAUAUCCGGGUUCGAGAUCCCGCCCGCUUCACUCGGGGUAUUCGACACAAUCAGCGUAGUAUUCUGGGUCCCGGUUUAUGACCGGGUCAUUGUCGAAGUGGCCAGACGGGUCACGGGUCAACAAAACGGGUUGACCCAGCUCCAACGGAUUGGGACUGGAUUAUUCAUUUCCAUCUUUAGCAUGGUUUGUGCUGGUGUUCUUGAAGUCGUUAGGCUACAGAUUGUAUCAAGAAACGAUUACUAUGAACUGGAUCGGAUUCCCAUGUCAAUUUUUUGGCAGGUGCCACAGUAUUUUUUAAUUGGGUGUGCUGAAGUGUUUACAUUUAUUGGGCAAUUGGAGUUUUUUUAUGAUCAAGCUCCUGAUUCUAUGAGAAGUUUGUGUGCGGCUCUUCAGUUAACAAUUACUGCACUUGGGAGCUAUGUGAGUGCUUUGCUUGUGACGAUUGUGACGAUUAUUAGUACACGGGGUGGUGGUGCGGGGUGGAUCACGGACAAUCUCAACUAUGGUCACCUUGAUUAUUUCUUCUGGCUUUUGGCUGGUUUAAGUUUCGUGAAUUUGGGAGUAUUUGUUGUGUUAGCGAGAAGGCAUACGUAUAGAAAACCUGCUGCAGCUGUUCGGUAAUGCUGGUGAGGAGCCAGAAACAUGCACCGGAAAGGUGUACAUAAGCAGAAUGGGUUGUAGAUAAGAUAACUAUCUUGCAGUUGUACUUUUCCGACUUUGCUUAUAGUUUAGUAGUUUGUACAAAGGACAUUGUUUGUAAUACCAUCCACCCAUUGUUUUGAAAACCGGGUGAGGCCACCGGUUUUUUCAGGCAUAAAAACCAUCUUUACACGACCCGGUGUAAGCCGGGCGGUUCAAAAGGAAACCGGGUUAAACCGCCUGAUCCAACCUCUUGAAACCUGGUUUCUGUAAAUUUUUAACUUUUCAACUUGGGCUCUCUCGAUAAUACAUAGUAGCAUCAAAUACAUGUUCUAUAUAGUGUCAAAUUUGGUAUAUAUCUAGCAUAGGUAAUUGAGUAUGUUGUUUGUCGUUUCUAAAAUAUUGUCUUUCUAAAAUAUUGUCUGUACAAGGAUCAUUGAUCCUAUAAAAUAAAGCAAAGUGAAAUAAGUG